ACUACUACUACGCUCUCGAACUUUCGGGGGUUGCCAAGGCUAGGUCUUUCCCCCUUCCGCGGACUAUUUAUCUCGCUCCCGAACCUCUUCAGAUCGCAGCCACCGACCAGCCAUUUCUAUAGGCCCGACUUCUCCUACUCCAACGAUGUCCGCGGAACAAGAGAAGGGUAACGCGCCCCCGGGCGGCUCUCGCGGAGACAACGGCAAGUCAGAGCAUUUGAACAUUAAAGUUACCGAUAACAACAAUGACGUCUUCUUCAAGAUCAAGCACUCAACCAAGCUCGAGAAGCUGAUGAAUGCCUUCUGUGACCGCCAAGGCAAAGCCUUGUCAACCGUUCGCUUUGUUUUCGAAGGCCAACGCGUCCAGCCAACAGAUACCCCCGGCGCGCUUGAGAUGGCGGACGGUGAUACCUUAGAGGUUUACCAGGAGCAAGUCGGCGGCUGUAUACUGGUCUUGCGGUAGAGGCGGUUAGUGCAAAGGAGGACGCUUGAUCAGGAUGUGUCUGGUGAUACUCCCUUCGACGCGGUUUUAUGUAACCUUAUAGUCACAUGGCCAGCAUGUGUUGAUGACGACAGAUUCAGUUCACUUAUUGUUUUGCCCUC